CUCCGUUGCCCUCUGCUCUUUUUCUGCCGCUCAGCUUCUAUUCGCCAGCCUUUUUUUUUAAUUCUUCCUUCUGCUCUUUGCAUUUCUACUUGAACAAGCCACCAUGAGUCGGAUCUCUUUCAGGUCAUCUACUGGAGGGGGCGUGAGGGGCUUUAGCUCAGGCUCUGCUAUUGUAGGAGGUGGCGGUGGCACCAGAAGCAGUUUUAGCUCCGUCUCUGUCUCCAGAGUUGGAGGAGGAAGAGCCGGAGGUGGAGGAGGCUUCGGAGCUGGUGGUGGCUUCGGGAGCAGAAGUCUCUAUAACCUAGGUGGAAGCAAAAGAAUUUCCUACAGCUCGGUCGGUGGAGGUCUACGGAGUGGAGCCGGUGGUGGAUACGGCUUUGGUGGAGGAGCUGGCUUUGGUCUUGGCUAUGGUGGUGGCUCAGGCGCUGGUUUUGGCUUAGGAGGAGCAGGUGGUGGUGGCGGCUAUGGGCUGGGCAGUGGAUUUGGGCUGGGAGGUCCUGGAUUUGGUGGUCGAGGUGGCCCCGGCUUCCCCGUUUGCCCACCUGGUGGCAUCCACGAAGUGACCGUCAACCAGAGCCUCCUGGCACCCCUCAAGCUGGAUAUCGACCCAGAAAUCCAGAAGGUGCGAACACAGGAGCGGGAGCAGAUCAAGACCCUCAACAACAAAUUCGCCUCCUUCAUUGACAAGGUGCGCUUUUUGGAGCAGCAGAACAAAGUGUUGGAGACCAAGUGGAGCCUCCUCCAGGAGCAAGGUCACACUGUCACCAGGAAAUCCCUCGAGCCCCUUUUUGAAUCCUACAUCAGCAACCUCAGACGGCAGCUGGACAGUCUCCUGGGAGAGAGGGGACGGCUGGACUCUGAACUGAGGAGCAUGCAGGACAUGGUGGAAGACUUUAAGAACAAAUACGAAGAUGAGAUCAACCGGCGCACUGGUGCGGAGAAUGAGUUCGUGGUCCUCAAGAAGGAUGUGGAUGGUGCUUAUAUGAACAAGGUCGAGCUGCAGGCCAAAGCAGAUGCGCUGGCAGAUGAGAUCAACUUCCUGACAGUUCUCUAUGAAACGGAAUUGUCCCAGAUGCAGCAGCAAGUGUCCGACACCUCCGUGGUCCUGUCCAUGGACAACAACCGCAACUUGGACCUCAACAGCAUCAUCGCGGAGGUCAAGGCACAGUAUGAGGACAUUGCCAACCGGAGCCGGGCAGAGGCUGAGGCUUGGUACCAAAACAAGUACGAGGAACUCCAGGUCUCUGCCGGGCGGCAUGGUGACGACCUGCGCAACACGAAGAUAGAAAUUUCAGAGAUCAACCGGGUGGUCCAGAGGCUGCGGAACGAGAUCGAGAGUGUGAAAAAACAGUGUGCUAACCUGCAAGCAGCCAUCGCCGAGGCGGAGGAGCGCGGGGAGAUGGCCCUCAAGGAUGCCAAGGCCAAGCUGGCCGAGCUGGAAGAUGCUCUGCAGAAAGGCAAGGCUGACCUGGCCCCGCCGCUCCCCGGGGACCAGGCCCUGCAGCUCCGCGAGUACCAGGAGCUGAUGAACGUCAAGCUGGCCCUGGACAUCGAGAUCGCGACCUACAGGAAGCUGCUGGAGGGCGAGGAGAGCAGGCUUGCUGGAGAGGGCGUCGGAGCCGUCAGCGUCUCCGUGGUCAGCAGCAGCGUGAGGAUUGUUUCCAAGACCACCACCAGCAAAAAGACCAUCAGAUAA